UCCUGUAAGGGAUGUUUUUCAUACGGAUAUGAGAGAUGGGCAAAUUUAAAGAAUUGCUGUCUUUGUCUCAGAGGUUCUGGUUAUCGGGUCUGUGUUCCUUGUUUAAGUCGUUAUAAGUAAACCCCCCUAUAGUCACGCAGGAGAAAAGGGAUUCCAGCAGAAUGGAUGAAUUGAGGGGGAAGGGAAAGAGUGGACGUUAUAAGUAGUGAACGGUAUAGUGUUUGUGUAUGGCCGAGUGCGAGUCGAUCAAAACAAUUCAGCGCUUUACGCGGAAAGGAAAUUGAGUUAACUUGUUUCAGCGUAUGACAAGGCAAUAUAAGAGGGAAAAACACAUUCCUUGAGCUUUCUGCCCAGGGGAUUCAGGGAUCUCAAGAAUGAUUUGUUGAUCCAGUUGUUGUUUGGAGAUUCCUUUCACUCAAAGACUGUCCUUCAUAGACUUAAACUUGCUCAGUUUGCACGGUUUGUGAAUCAGAGUUACUUAUAGACACACACCCAUAUACAGUCAAGCCAAUACAAACAUUCAACCGACACCUGUCAUACACGUAUACCUCACACACACCAUCAUGGCCAAUAUUUAUCCAUACGGCUGCUUCACUCAUGCUGUCGUCAGAUGUAUCCCAGAGUCCUUUGGGAAGUUGGCAGAGGGUGGAGAUGGGUUUCAGACUGACCUCGCCAAGGCCCAGCGUCAAAUGGGGGUGCUGACAGGUGCGCUGAGGCAAAAGGUGGGGCUGCAGUUGAUCGAAAUACCAGCAGACUCUGAGCUGCCUGAGAGCUGGCGGAUCGAAGACAUUGCUGUUAUCCAAGGUGACACGGUGCUCAUCACACGACCCUUCAAACAGCAGAGACGCCUUGAGGCAGAGGCUGUGCGGCGAGUCGUAAAUGAACUGAACCUGACAGUGGUGGAGAUGGGCGAUGAGGAGGGAGGGUCUGGUGGAGCCACUCUAGAAGGAAGUGAUGUCCUCUUUACUGGAAAAGAGUUCUUUGUGGGCAUUUCGAAACACACCAAUCACAGAGGGGCAGAAGUUCUGGCCAACACCUUCAAGGACUUUGCUGUGUCCACUGUGCCCGUUUGUGGAGGCUCUCGUCUGAAGAGCAUCUGCUCCAUGGGCGGCCCCAAUACCAUCAUCAUCAGUAACAGCGACGGGGCCAAAAAAACACUCAGAGUGAUGGAGCAGCUGACUGACCAUCACUAUGAGAUCUUGUCAGUACCUGAGGAGGUUGCUGCUAACUGCUUAUACAUUAGAGGUCCUGCAAAAGUGGACUACCUCCUGCACCCCACAGCAGAGGAGUGUCCCAACAGUAUUCCUGCUUUCCAGCGUUUGACAGACUACACCCUACUGCCCACAGCCUGCAGUGAAGCCUCCAAACUUGGGGGAGCACUGUCCUCCUACUGCCUUCUCAUCAACAAGAAAUCCAACUAUUAAGACACAACUAUUAUACUUUGUUUACAUCAUUUCUUAUACAGUCAGUUCAGUGUGUGAUUUUAGGCACAGAUAUCUAGUAUAGUCAAGCUAGAACUGGUUUGCUGUAGUCUGCAGCUAUCCAGUUGUUUUCAUAUGUUUAUGUUAUGUAUUCAUCCUGCUUAAGAUCCUUAGAAUGGGCACAUAUUAUAAGAGUAAUAUAAUAAAUGGCUUUGAAAUAAACAACAGAUGAACUGCUCACUCACAAUGGAACUGAGCAGUUAAAGUGAUAGUUCACCUAUAAAAAAAUUGGAGCAAGAAAAACUAGGAGAGUGACAUUAUUGCCUCAGAGAUUUUACUUUGCUCACAGCUGAUUGGUCCAAUUUCAGUUCAGAUCUUUUACCUAGAACAUAACCUGCACUGGAGCUGGUUAGCCACUAUAGUGAUGAACACCGCUAUAAGCAUGGUGUCAAAAGCCCAGGGUUGGCACAAACUAAACUGAAACACCUUUAUAGCCACCUAAAACAACUUCAUGGCACAAGCCUGUGAUGUGUAUAAUUAGUGUUGGAGCUAAACGCUGCAGGAAAGUGAACCUCGAGGAAAGAGUUAAGAACUACUUUUCUAGCUUACAAGAUAGGGAUUCUGUAGGUAUAUUCCACUAUUAAAGGUUAUCAUAAACUAUGAUUUAAUUGAUUUUCUUCCCAAUUAAGAUCAGCAUGUCAGUGGAUAAAUCCAGUUAUAUAUACAUAACUGUAGUGUAGCAACUCAAAACAAGAAUAGAAUAAUUUCUUGUUCAUUAAGGUACCUGGAAGGGAUGGGUUUGGUUUGUUUGUUUUUGCUGUGCCCACUUGUGAGAAUGUGAUAACAUCAUGGUGGUAAUGUGUUAUUUUGAGACAACAAGAUUAUUUUGUCAAGGUAACAGUAUUCUAAUGCUAUUAAAAAAUAUCUAGGAAAAAUACUUUUUUUUAAAUCAUUAGAUUAACUUACAGUUAAAGCAGUACAGUAUAUGAGAAUCAUCUGUGGCCUUUUUAUAAACUAUAGAUUGGGUGAAAUAUUUGGAACCAAAGUAUACAUAUUAAGUAAUUGAACUUUAAUGUUUAAUUAUGCUAACAGGUUUUAUUAUUAUAAUUGCUGCUUAGAUUUCCAAAUACCUGCAGUACAGACUUGAGAGCUUGUUUUGUUUUUUUCUUAAUGUGUUUAACAGCAUACUUCCAGGUGAAAAACUACAUUACCUACUGUAUGAUUCUCCAAAAACAAUGUCCACCAAUCAGUGAGAGAAUGAAACAAGCAAAUUGUGGCAAAAGAACUCUUUAUCUCCCAUGAAGUUUUAUUUUCCCUUUAUUACUUCUCUCAUCAGUUAAAUCAUGCCAUUUGCAGUGCUGCAUGUCGUUAUAGUUAUUUCCCUUAUUAAAGCCAUUAAAUGCUCAA